AGCCGACUCCGAUAAAAAAUAGAAAAAAAAGUCAAAUGACUGCCUCCCGGCGCUUAAGUCGCGAGCUGAGCGAUAUCCUUGCUGCGAAAUCGGAUAUCCUUCGCAAUAUUGAGGUAUCAGAUGAGUCCUUGCUGCUGUGGACUGGCCUGCUGGUGCCGGAGAAGGCACCCUACAACAAGGGUGCUUUUCAAAUUGAGAUAAGUUUCCCUCCACAGUAUCCCUUUAUGCCACCAAAGAUUGUCUUCAAGACUCCAAUCUAUCAUCCCAAUGUCGAUGAGAAGGGUGAGGUGUGCCUCUCAAUUAUUGCAGUAGACAAUUGGAAGCCCACAACGCGCACUGAGAAUGUUUUUCAGGCUCUAAUUGACCUUGUCCAUAAUCCACAGCCUGAACAUCCAUUACGUUCCGAUUUGGCGGAAGAGUUCAUCAAAGAGCACAAAACAUUCAUGAAGACGGCGGAGUCUUUCACUAGAAGGAACGCCGAAAAGCGUCCCUAGCAGGGGUAUGCCUGCAACAAAAUUGACAUAUUUGAAAGCCAUAUGAUAUAAUCAUACCAAAUUUGAAUAAAUAUAUUAUUUGAAAUUAGUUUCACAAAGCCUUA